AUGGGGGCCCGAAGAGUGCGUCCUCCAGGCGACCUAGAGCGGCCGCCAAUCGUCCAGAGCAGCCGAGUGGGCGGCCUAGAGCGCAGUCCUCCAGAGCAGCCGAGCGCGGCCUCCCGGCGGCCUAGAGCGGCAGCGAAGGGCACUUCCGCGUCGACGGCGGCUUCUCCCGGUUCUCGGCCAUGCCGGAGGCCGCCGCCCCCCCGCGUCGCCGCCGCCGCCGCCGCCCCCCCCCCAAACCCGCUUUUCACCCGGUGGCUGCGGGAAUGGCGGGACGAAGCGGCCGGGACGCGGGUCCGGGGGGUCUACGAGCGGGCUCUGCGCUCCCUGGCCCGGUACCCGCUGCCGCUGCGCUCGGGCCGGGCCGCCGCCAUCUUGCAGCACUUCGGCCCCGCCCUCUGCCGCCGCCUCGAGCUGCGCCUGCGUCAGCACCGCGCCGAGCAAGGCCUCGCCCCCAGCCCCCCCGCAGGGGGGAGGGGCGCGGAGCCCCCCCCGGCCCCGCCCACGCGCCGCCCGUCACGUGACUACCGGCCCCUCCCCCGCUCGCGGGCCUAUGCCCUCCUGAUGGCCCUGCACCAGAGCCCCUCCCCCCUGGCAGAGGCGGAGCUUCUGCGCCGGGCCCAGCCCCGCAGCCCCCGGCCCCUCCCCCCGGUGAGCGCCGUCAGUAGGGACCAGAGUGAACGAGGAAAAGCAGCGCUGGGGCCCCUCCUCCGCCGGGACCUGCUGCAGCGGAGCGGCCACCCCCCCCGGUACUCGCUGACCCCGCGGGGUCAAAUCCUGGCCCAGCGAUUGGCUGACGCCGCCCCCGCGGCCCCGCCCCCCCCCGGGGGGACCCCGGCGUCCGAGGGGGGGGGGCCUCUGGCGGCGGGGGGGGGACACACCCCUCCGCCCUCCCCCAC